AUGGCGCCCAACAACACCAACAGCGGCGAGACACCUGUCUCGGAGGGUAGCGAGAGCUACAAGGCUGGAGCGGCUCGCCGCGAUGGCAAGCGAGGACAGACUUCCUCGACUAACAAUCUAGUCAGGAAGAAGGUCCACCAGGACGAGGAACCAGAUCUACCGCUUUUUAAUAGGGGAUCUGGGGGCGCUCAGCGUCUUUCUGAGGGCCGUGAGGUUCUGGGAUCAUUGUCUAGCAAUGUUCCAACUUAUGGCGCGCAUCACUGGUCUGCUGGCCGUGGUGUUGCAAGACAGUCUGCGGACUGUAACGCUCAACACUUGUCUGCGGGCAGUUUGGGUGAACAGGGUCACGAGCACUUGCCUGCGGGCAGUGUAAGUGUAAGGCAUGAGCACCUGCCUGCGGGCAGUGUGAGUGCAAACCGACUUCCUGCGGGUCGUCAAAACGAUGGAAACCUGUCUGCGGACAGUGUUUCAAUGAUGACCCCAUUGCCUAGCAAUGUAUGGGGAGAGAACGAGAUCGACGAGUUCCCUGACUCUGAUCUUGACGGCCUCCUAGAGGCAGACAUCGAGAAACUGGUAGGCCCAGCUUUAUCGCGGGCUCCAGUUGUUGAGGAUGACGGACCGGAGGCCCGUGCAAACGAGGUCGACGAGUUCUCAGACCUCGAUGUUGAAGACCUCACUGAGGUCGAUUUUCAGCAGCUGGAAAGCCAACCCCUUGGGCAUGCUCCAGUUGCUGAUGAGGAUGAUGGACAGAAGGCCGGUGAAAAUGUGGUCGAAAAGUUCCUUAAUUCCGACUUGGGUAGUCUCUCUGAGACAGACAUCCAGCGCCUGCUAGACCAGGCUGUGCCAAAAUCUGCGAAAGCACUUGAUGGUGGCGAUUCCGAAGCACCAGUUAUGGGUGUGGGUGAGUCAAAUCUGGGCGUCGAGUCAAUCGACACAGAUUCUCUUAUAAUGGAUAAGGACCGCAUCGACAUGUAUGUGGAAGAUGUGGAAGAAGGUGGGCUGGAGUUUCUCCUUGAUGAAAUUUUCACCCAACAGGGCAAUCCUACUGCAGCUGCAUUCGCCCGUGACGAAACGGAAUGGAGCUCCGCAAGGAGCCCUUUCACGUUCCAUGCUUGGAGCUGGUUUCGAAAUGCUGAAGCUGGGAGGCUUACCGAUAUAGUUUUCAAUUUCGUGUUUCCAGCUGUACGUCAAAUUCUAUCGGCCGAUAGUCUAGACAUGGUGCUCUUGUUAAGUCUUCCAGAGCCCAGGCUCGAUGACUUGGUUGACAGCUGCAACAAUCCUGGUGUAUACGUUUUCGUAUGCCAUGCCAGACGUGGGGUUCAUCCCCAGUCAGGAAGUCGAGAGGCUAUAGACAAUAACACGGUCGCGUCCUACGCUGGCCAGAGUAUUGCCAAGCCUCGUGAAGAUGGGUAUCAAGGAAUGUCCCUUCGUUUCGAUCAACAUCGUCGGGAGAUGAGGCGAUCGAUUCCCGAGCUUGAAGAUAAUGCUCAGAGGGUUUCGGCGACUGUGCCUAGACUCUACCGAACUGUGGUUGAAAACAAACUUGAGGUUAAUCCUCGAGUGGUCGCAACUUUGCCCCGAGAUGGUCACAUGGCUGAUCGGGCAAUGUUGAUAGAAACUGUUAUUAUUUAUCCAGAAACGGCUCCAUUCUCAGGGGCCGUUCAUACAUCAGCCUAUGGCAUUGAACAGAGCUCUGCCUGUUCAUCAGGGCUUCAGAUCCAGCGUCCGGGUCUUUCGACAGUGCAGCUUGUGCGAGCAUAA